AUGUAUGAUUUUAAAUCUGAUUCAUGGAGGGAUCUUGCUGUCACUUGUGACUGGAUUAUAGAGGACUAUCGUGAGGGAUUUUCUUUGAAAGGAAAUAAUUACUUUGUUGCUGAGAGAAAGAAAGAACUAGUAGAGAUGGGAGAAUAUUUAGUCUGUUUUGAUUUUACAAGAGACUCUGUGACUCUCUCUCCUGUUAGAGAAGAACAGCUUGCAGUGUUAUUAUACAGUGCUGAUAGAUAUGAGGUUGAGAUAAGGAUUACAACAAAGAUUGAGGCAAAUGAGAUGACAUGGAUAAAUUUCUUAAAAGUUGAUGUGAAACCGUUCACUGGAAUAAUUUGGGAGUGUCUUCGGUUUGGGAUUGGGAGUUUCUUGGUCGACGAGAAGAAGAAAGUGGCAUUGAUUUGGGAUAAUUACUGCAACCAAGCUUAUGUGACUGGAGAGGAUAAUUACUUCAAACAAGUGGCUCCCGGAGGAUCUACAUAUUUGCCACGUGUGUUCUCUUAUGUUCCGAGUUUGGUGCAGAUUCAGAAAGGUCCGGAACAGGCAGGGGGUAAAAGGAAAGUACGGUAUUGA